AUGCCGUUCGCCGCCGGCGCCGGCCACUGGUCGCCCACGCGCCGCGCCCCGGCCAAAUCCACCUCGCGCGCCCUCGGUAUCGCCCAAAACCGCUCGCCCUGGCUUCUCCUGCGCUCGCCACGCGCGCCCCGCGAGUGCUCUGCUCGACACGCCACCAACGCCGUCGCCGUCUCGACGUCGGUGCCCAGACACGCGUCGCCGCGUCGGUGCAGCUCGCCGCCGCUCGAGUCGUCUACAAAGCCAACUUCGAUUUCUCCUUCCCCUCGCUCCCUCACUCCCCAGAACCCCAAGCCGAGGCCCCCUGCUCGCGCAAACGCUAUCGCCGUGCCGCUGCCCGCCUAUGCGCGCACCAUGGACGCCUGCCUGCGCCCGAGCUGCGCCGCCGCUGCGCCGGCCGAGCUCGCCACCGCCACUGCCAUCACGGGCCAUGGGAGCGCCGUCCAGUGCUGGCCGCCGAGCGCGCCGGCUCCGCCGGCCUUGCAGAGCCACACGCCGCACGCCAUGGCUGCCGCCCCCGCCGAGCUCGCCGUGGAGCUCCCCUGUCCGACCCUCCUCUACCCCCACUGA